AUGUCUGAUGCAAAAAGAAAAUGCCGUCAAUAUAAUAUGACGUAUUUAAAGUUUGGAUUUAUUCCAUUGCCAUCCAACAUACAGCUCCCAAUGUGUUUAAUUUGUAAUAAAGUGUUCUCCAAUGAGGCAAUGAAACCAUCUCGUUUGAAGGAACAUUUGCAAAAAGUUCAUCCUGACAAACAAAAUAAAGAUUUGUCGUUUUUCACAAAUAUUAGGGACAAGUUUCUGAAGGCACCAUCGGUCUCAGGCUUAUUCGCAGGCUCAUCAAAACAAUGCGAUGAUGGUUUGAUUGCUUCUUAUAAUAUAUCGAAAUUGAUAGCAAAAUCGGGAAAAGCCCAUACCAUAGGCGAAGAGUUAAUACUUCCAGCUGUCAAAGAAAUAGCUUUCGACAACAUACAAGUUUACUGUCACCACCUCGAGUCUUUACAUAUGGACUUUUCAGACGUUUUAAGGAUAUUUUGUCGUUGGAAGUUCCUCAAUGGGUCAUGA